ACAGAACAGAGCAAUGUUUUAAAACUUUCAAUUUCUAUCCCUCCAAAAUCCCCAAAUCUUCCAACCACAAAUAAAACCAUUCUACCUAUAAAUCAAUCCCAGCACCAACAAUUGUUCAUCCUCAACAAAUUCUUUCUCACCUUCUAUAAACUUCAGCUUUAGAUUCAAUAAACCCAUAAGAAAAAAUAAGAAAAUGGAGGCCAUUGUUUUGAAGGUUGAGCUCGAUGAUAACAAGGAGAACAUCAACCCAUUACCGUCCACUCAAUUUAGCUCAAACAAGGUGACAAAUGGCGGCUUCCCACUUCUGGAGAUGCCCAAAUCGAAGAACCCAAUUGCUGAUAGAAAGCCGAUCAGGAGGCCGCUCCAGGACAUCACUCAUCUGUUCGUGGAUUCUCGGGCACCGGUGCUCCGAUUCAGCUCCCCUUCUGGAUGUCGUUUUCAGAGUUCUGCGAUUCCGGUUGCAGAGUGCCGGAAAAGAAAGCUGGCUGAUGCCGGUGUUGGGUUCGAUUCGAUGAGGAAGAACGCCGGGAAGAUUCUCAGAACAGGAUUCCGAUAACCUGCCCCUUUCACUUUUAUUUGGGUUGAUUUAUACAGAUUCAAUAAGUAAAUGUAAUACAGAAAAGAUCUGCAGGGAGUAUUUUUUUGGUGUUGAUUCAACCGAUUUUUUUGACUUUUCUGAGAGCAAAUUACAGUGUCAGAGUAGGGUUGAUAGUAAUGUUAAAAUUUUAAUUAUUUUUCCAUUUUUUGAGAUGUUCGUUUCUCUUGGGGAAAAAUCACUAAAAUAUUUUUAUAUAUAUUUGCUACAUUU